GCUUCGCCGAACCUGUUGAGCACCGCACACACCCCUUCAACAAUACAAGCAAUACAUAUACGCCAUGGAAGAGAAUCGAGGCCACAAGCGUAAAAAAACCUACGACAACAAAGAAAGAUCAGGACCGGACUACGAGGUCAGCAACAACAAGAGGACGGAUAGGGACAACGACAAAGGCGAACAGAAACCAAAACCCCCAUCACUACAACAACUCCAGCACGCAGCCCAACUUGCAUACCAGUUCCCCGUCCCAGAGAAAGGUCGCAAGUGGACUGUCUCGAUCGCCUUGCCUGGAAGCAUCCUCGAUGGAUCUCUCACUGUGGAGUUGAAGACAUAUCUUGUUGGACAGAUUGCAAGGGCGUGCGUGAUGUUCAACGUGGAUGAAAUUGUGAUUUACAACGAAUCUGCCAAAGGACUAUCAAAGGAGAACCUCGGAAAGGACGAUUAUCUACCCAAAUCUGACCCCAAUCUCUUCAUGGGUCGUGUACUUCAAUACCUUGAGACACCUCUCUACCUCCGGAAACUUCUUUUCCCAAUGCAUCGUGAUCUCAAAUUCGCAGGACUUCUUAACCCGUUGGACCCCCCACACCAUGUCCACCUCGACGAACGGUCGCUUUACCGUGAGGGCGUUGUUGUACGGGCACGCGACCAAAACUACUCGAUCGUCAAUUGUGGGAUGCGCAAGGAGGUCUUGAUCGAUCGACUCGUCCCAACAGGAUCUAGAGUCACCGUCAAGAUCCAUGGUGCGGAAAAGGAUAAGAAGAAGAUGGAUAAGAACGCAAAGACUCAGGCAGCAAUCACUGCCAUGGAGGCCAGUCUAUCGGACGAUAAGAGUGCUCUUCAAAAGUACUUCAUGGGCACAGUUGUCUCACCAAAGAUACCGAGAGAGGAGACGGGCUACUACUGGGGCUACCAGGUCAGAUUGGCGGACGCAAUCUCCAAAGUUUUCACCGAAUCACCAUUCCCUAACGGGUACGAUUUAACGAUCGGGACAGCAGAUAAAGGAACACCUAUUUCACCAACUGUUAUGUCCUCAGUUCCACAUUUUUCACACGCCCUUAUCGUCUUUGGAGGUUCCUCCGGCAUCGAGACCGCUGUCGAGGCGGACGAGGAUUUGAAGUGCGACGCAGACGAAACCAAGGAUAUGUUUGAUUUCUGGCUUAACACCUGCCCAGCCCAAGGAAGUCGUGUUAUCAGGACAGAGGAGGCCCUUUUAAUCACCAUGGCCGCGUUACAGGGCACGCUGGCAUCCCAGGGCAUCUGAGCGUGCCUCAGCACCAUUAUAGCGUUAAUAAAAUGAC